UUGUGAUGUGGAGCUGGAGGCUGGAGCUGGGAAGCUGGGAUAGAAAUGCUCAUUAAAUGAUCACUGGCUGAUUGAUGCUGGUUACGCCAUCAGUGCUUCACAUCCUCUGCAGCAUCUCCUUAUGCACCCUGCCUGCUGAGCCCUGGGGAUGCUCCCUCUGCUGAGGAUGCUGGGGGACAAAGCUGAUCCUGCUCCAGGAGGGAGAUCUCAGCCCUGAACAUGGUGUCAUGGAAGAUGCACUGAGCAUGCUGCAUUGGAUGAAUGCAUUGCUGAGCCCUCACCUUGCUCCCUGAGCCUUGCCCCCCCCCUGUGUCCAGAGGAUGGUGCUGACCAGAUGGCAGAGGUCUGCAGAGGCACAGGCACUUUAUACUGAGGACCAAUCACCUGCCAAUGUGAGCCAUGACUUCAAAGUACCAGUCUGACUGGAUCCCAUACAGUGUUCUGGAUGAUGAAACCAGCAGCUUACGGCAGCAGAAGCUCGACAGACAGCGAGCCCUCUUAGAGCAGAAACAGAAGAAGAAACGUCAGGAGCCUCUCAUGGUCCAAUCCAAUGUAGACAGCCGAACACGAGUUCGGAAAAUGAAGCAGUCUGAGGAGCAGGCGCCGCUGGUGGAGUCUUAUAACAGCAGCAAUAACAGUACCAUUUAUCAUGCAGUGCAAGAAGCUGAGCAGGAGGAAGCCCAGGUGGCUACAGAGAUCCAGGCUCCAAAGUCAACUAAAAAAGCCAAAUCGGCAGCUGCAGCGGGCUGCCCAACAGGCAGUGCCAGAAAGGAGAAAAAGGGCAAACAGAAAGGCAUUGACGGGCCUGCAGCUUUCCAGGACGAGGUCCAGGACCCUGGGAGCCAUGUCCAGAUUCUCACAGUGGGGCAAUCUAUCCAUGAUGAAGAAGAUGGUGAGACAACAGUCACCAGCCAACAGCAAAGCAAACAGGACCUGAGGGUGACCAUGCAGAAAAGGGGCAUAUCGAGCAGCAUGAACUUCGAUGAAGAGGAAGACGAUGAAGAUGACGAUAGUUCAAGCUCAUCCCAGCUAAACAGUAACACCCGACCGGGGUCUGCAACAAGCAAAAAGUCCAACAAGGAAACUGCCUCUGCAUCAAGUCCCCCCAAAGAUGAACCAGCCAUUGAGGUGGACGACCUGGAGGAGUUUGCUGUUAGACCCGCCCCUCGCGGGGUGACCAUCAAAUGCCGAAUUACUAGAGACAAAAAAGGCAUGGACAGAGGAAUGUACCCAACGUAUUACCUCCAUCUGGAGAGGGAGGAUGGGAAAAAGGUAUUUUUAUUGGCUGGAAGAAAACGGAAGAAGAGCAAAACGUCCAAUUAUCUAAUUUCUAUCGAUCCAACAGACCUGUCACGUGGUGGAGAAAGCUUUGUUGGAAAACUCCGAUCGAACCUCAUGGGCACGAAGUUUAUAGUCUAUGAUAAUGGGGUAAAUCCCGGCAAAACAAAUUCAAGUUCGGAGGCCAGUACCGUGCGUCAGGAACUCGCUGCUAUCUGUUACGAAACAAAUGUUUUGGGUUUUAAAGGACCUCGUAAGAUGAGCGUUUUAAUUCCUGGAAUGAACAUGGAUCAAGAACGAGGAUUUAGCAGACCGCGCAAUGAACAUGAAACAUUGCUAUCUCGAUGGCAGAAUAAAAACACAGAGAACGUUAUUGAACUCCAUAACAAAACACCCGUCUGGAAUGAUGACACCCAGUCAUAUGUUUUAAACUUCCACGGUCGGGUCACACAGGCCUCAGUAAAGAAUUUUCAAAUUAUACAUGAUAACGAUCCGGAAUACAUUGUGAUGCAGUUUGGUCGUGUGGCAGAGGACGUAUUUACAAUGGACUAUAAAUACCCCAUGUGUGCUUUGCAGGCGUUUGCGAUUGCCCUAUCUAGCUUUGAUGGCAAGCUAGCAUGUGAAUAGAAGGGAGAGACACCAGCCAUAACUGAAGCCUAUGCGGACAAUUUGUGACGCACACUCGUCUUAAUCUCGCUAAUAAGCAGUCUGGAUAAACCUUACUCAAACCAUGUACUUUGUUUGGUUGCCAUAAAUGGAGAGAACAUAAAUAAAAAGUUCUUAGUGUUUACACGCAGGUAAUAUUUUUUAUUUUUCCGACAAAGGUUUUUUUUUCCUGUAAAUAGUACGUUUGCGCGCUCGCUGACCGGGAGUCGUGUUGUGAUACAGUUGGCGUAUCCUGUACUUUCGAUAGGAAAUGACAUUAUAGGGGAUCGUACCUAUUUCUACAAUUGUGGAAACAUUUUAAUUUUAUUUUUGUAUUUGUUUUUAUGGGGUCACCAUUGGGACUGAGGUGAGAAGCUUUAACUAAACCCGUUAGACAUUGGUACAAAUUACUUAGCAGGACCUCGGCCCUGAUUGAAAUGCUGUUUAGUAAAUUUGGACCUUCGUGCACAAAUCGUUCGCCUCUCACUUCAUUCAGAAAUUGACUUAACAAUACUUGCCUGUAAAAUGUACAGAGAGUUAGCCUGUCUUCAUUGCUAACGUAUGCUGGAGAUGUGCAGAUGUCUUAGCUAAAAUCGGUGGGAAUUAACGUCUGAACUCAUUGCUGGAAGAAAGCACAAGAGGCAAUUUAUUUUUACCGAGAUCACUCUACAUUCCCACUGUCGUUUUAUUUAAUGCUGUCACGCCUUGAUGUCGAGCCAAUAUCAUUUGAUUUUUCGGUACUAGACUUUUAUUCGUUGCUGACUGGUUUAACCCUUCUUUAAACACGUUAUUGUAGUUAUUAACUUGCUACAGUCAUUGCAGAUGUUGUGGCUAGUUGUUCUGUAUCCUAAUUUCUAGAAGUGGUUAAUUCCACCAUACUUAACCCUUCAGUGAUGGAGUGGCCUUUCAGGAUGUUACAGCUUUUCUAUUAUUGAAGCCAUGCGUGACACAGGUGGAAAAGGUCGAUUAAUAUUUUGAAAUCGUGUUCUAUAUUAAAUUUCUCCUGCCUUGA